AUAACAAAUUCAUUUGUUUUUAUCCUCAGUAGUAUGAUAUCAUUAACCAUUUAUAGUGCAUUUCCAGAAGCAAGUACCAUUCACCACCACUGCUAUGGCUUCAACCGAGCAACCGCCGAAGAAGCGACGACCACCGUACGACCCGUCGCAACAACCACCAACACCACCACCUCCGGUAUCAACACCGUCACCGGUGGUUCAAUCGGACGCCAAUGCACCUUCUACAACCUUUACUCCGGAACAAAUCGUUCAAAAACGGAGAAAUCAAGAGGAAAUUAAGAACUUUUACGAGUCGUUUAAGCAGCUUAAGGACUGUGUUAGUCAGAAGGAUGCUGUUGUUAUGCCUGAACUUGAACAGGCUUUUCUAGCCCUAAUUUCUUUCUCCAGAGCAUGUACGAGUGUUCAACGUCUUGUAGCAGAAUUCGUCCCAAAAUAUGCAUCAUAUUGUCCCACCGCUCUCGAAGCAGCAGCAAAAGUUUGUAUCAAUAUACACAACUGGAGCAUAGCAGUUGUAGGAAAAGGCAUCGAUGCUGACGUUUUCUUAUACGGAACUGCUAAAAUCUGUAUAUUCGGUCUUGCUAACAUCUGUGUUGUUGCUUCAUCAGAGAUGCCAACAUCUUCCGUUAUUCAAGGCAUAUGUUCAGCCGUAUUUCGAGAUGUACUAAAUUUCCUCAUUUCUUCCUUAGAAGGACAAGAUAUAUUCCAGAUUGUAAAUAAAGACGAUUUCGACGUGCAUGAGUUUCCGAAGACAUAUGCGGAGCUUAAAAAGAAGUUUUUUCGUGAUGAUGAUGAUGAGGAGGAAUCUCCUGUCAAAUUGUCGAAAUAUCGUGCCGUAUGUAUUCUGUGGAUUUUCUUUAUGUGUCCUAGAAAUUCGCUUGCCGCUUGCUUUGAGCUUUGCGGUUCCGAUUCGACAGAUGCUGGUCCGAAUGGAGGACAAUAUUUUCUUAACCAGGUGACAGCUAGACUUGACGGGCAGGUUUUAAUAGACGACAAUCUUCCUGAAGAUUCAUCGAAUGGGUUUAAAAGAUGCUUACUGAGUCUGAUUCUUGAUGACGACCCGUCUAUGAAACAAUGGAUAUUCUCAACGGCAAAAAGUAUUAUCAAGACAGCUUCCCCUAACGUUGUGUCGGCCGUUACCUCUGCUUUCGAGAAGGUAUUCGAAUCAUUUACGGAACAAGUGAAUGCACAUGAUAAACAAGUAGACAGCAAUGUAGAUGAUCAGCUAUCGGCUUUGCAUCUGGAACACCAUGGCUCAAUAGCAUCCGAAACCGAUUUACGAGAAAACACCGGUUCUAAUAACAGUGUGGACCACAGAGAGUUAUCUCGGGCCAGCUCAUCAACACCCAGUACCGUUCAUGCCAGCUCAUCAACGCCACAGGAAAAUGAUGCACCUGUUUUGAACGUGUCGACUGGAGGGCAAAGUAGUAAUUUCGAAUCACCUAAACAUCAUUUUCUGAGUUGGCAUUGUGAUGGGGAUCGAGCUGCAAUGGAUAUUUAUCCCGCUUCGAGUCAUCUUUGGUUGGGCUCGGUGGGUCCAGAGGCAUCCGAGCCACAAAUACGGUAUCAGUUUGAACGGUUCGGUCCGAUUAAUAAACUUUUAUACGUUCCUUUCAAAGGGUUUGCAGUGAUCGAGUAUCGAAACAUUAUGGAUGCAAUAAAGGCUCGGGAAGUUAUGCGCGGGCGAUCUCUGUUCGGUGCGUGUCUUAUUAUAAAGUUUUUGGAUAUCGGGUUAGGUACGCGCGGUGAUACGAACGGUGUGGCGGUUGGGUCUUGUUGCCAUGUGUAUGUUGGAAACAUUUAUAGUCAGUCAGAUAAGGAUGAGAUAUUAUAUGAAUUAAGAAAAAAUGUGUUUAAGGGCCCACUAGGAGUUACCGACCUUGUGAAUGAAGGUGCGUUGUUGAUGGAAUUUGGGACUCCUGAAGAAGCUGCGAUGGUGAUGGCGUUUCUGAGACAAUAUCGUAAGGAAAAGCGGGAUUUUUAUUCAUCGUCUGUUGAUAGAUCGAGUCAUGGAUCUUGUCCCCCUCAUGUUGAUAUGCGAAACAGUAAUCUUGGAAAUGGUGUUGCUAGUUCGCCUCAUGCUCAAAGUGUUGUUGGAUUCAGCAGUCAUUAUGGACCCCACAACGCUAACACCAUGGAGCUAACAUCUCCAAGAAUGAACAUGGUUAAUCAAGGAGCCUCAAUGCAAAGUGGAUAUCCAUUCCAACCAGGUGCCCCUGAACAAAGUUGGACGCAUUCAACACCAAUGCACGCGCAUAAUUACGCACCAUCACAACCAAUGCCCCCGUCUUCAUACCAUAGACCCGUGUAUUAUCCUCCAAAUAGUUCAUGGGAUCCACAUGGCAUGUCUUAUAAUAAUGCUGUAGCACCUCCUUUCAUACCCGCUUCUGUGACCCCACUGGCUCAAAUACAAACAAAUUCGUUGCCACAUCAUGAUCACAUGUUUUACGUGCCACCAGGACCACCAGGUCCGCCGCCAUUGGCUGCCAUACCCACUCCUCAACCACCGCCUAACAUGCCGCCUCCGUUACCGCCUCACCAGAACAUGCCACCCGGUCCACCUAUGCCACCUCCGUUACCUAUUCAUCCUGAAUAUCCACCGCCAUUGCCACCAUGUCCACCUCCUUUUCUCGAGACUCAACCGCCUCCGCCACCUCCACCAACCGAAUCUUCAACGGUGGGAAGUGGCGGAUACUGGCAGGGCAUGUUGAGUAAAAGCGGGGUCCACUAUUCUGCAAUACACGCGCGUAGACUGCAUUCCGAUGUAUGCAACUAUGGAGAUAAUUUCUCAGAGCCUGCAGAAUGGCCCACUAAACUAGACAUAACAAAGCGGACUGAUUAUAAACAUGUGAUGUCUACAUUUUCUAGCACCCCACCACAUAAAAGAGAGGUAUGUCAGCUGCUCCCGGAUUCUUCUGGUGACCAAAAAGGCUUUCAGGAUUUUAUAUCAUACUUGAAGCAGCGGGAGUGUGCAGGAGUUAUCAAGAUUCCAGCUACAAAAACCGUCUGGGCAAGACUUCUAUUCAUCCUCCCGUACUCCCAGGAGACGUGUUCUCAUCUCUCUGUCACUCCCGAGACCUCAGACUGCUUAAUCGCGCUUGUUUUACCUAAAGAAACGAAUUUUGAAUGGGUAUAAUUACCUAAAAAACCCCAUUUCUCGAGCUGGAUUUUGCAUAUGAAGAUUUUGGGUUUUCGGCAAAAUGGUAAUUAUGUCCACCAUAUGGAUGUCAAUGUCUUUGUAUAUACAACUUCAUACACAGAAAACGUAGGUAGCUAUGUUUUAGGUCUUUGAUUUCCUUCUGAUCGCUCAGUUGUACACCGAUGUUAGCUUUCACCUUUCUUUAUACUUUGAUGAUCUAAACAUUAGCUAAAGUACCAUUUUCGCUUCAAGCA